AUGGCCAGUAUCCGACAGCGCAUCACAGCGAAGAUGUAUGUUUGCGCUCCAAAUUUUUGGGGCGACCUUCGUGGCACGCUGAAGGCGAUCGAAGAGCAAAGGAAUGAACGCACCUCAAAAUCGAAAGCCCAGCAGGUGCUUAAGCACGUUGCUCGAUUGGAGGUGAAGUUUUGGGCAAAGGCAAGCGUUGCCAUGCUCAAAGAGCUCGAUCCAGAGUCCCGAAUAGAAAGGAUAGUUGAUUGGUUGCAAACCUUUGGUUUAGAAGAGGAGGAAGACACAUCAUCAGGGCCUGCGGUCUUGUACCAGGUCCUGAGUGAUGUCACCCUGCAGAAGGAUUUUGGUAUUCAUCAGAGAGAGGCACUGUCCACUGCAGUCAAGGAGAACCUGCAGAAGUUCCCAGUGGAGAUGCAGGCUGUUUUGGAGCGCGUGGGAAGUGUCACCGGUGGGCGGGCUUUCGUGCCUGUGUCGGACUGGAGAAGGAGGCAUAAUCAAACCACCCAGCUGGACUCACCAACUCUGGGCCCAGGAGCCACGCUACUCUUUGGCAUCGGGCCUGAGCUGACAAACGAUCAAGUGCAAGCCAGUCACUCCGCCGUCGUGGAGCUUGCCGACGAGCCAGAAUCGGCAGAGGUCCAGAUUCCUGUGCAGGAUCUCACAGCAGAGCAGGAGCAGGACGAGGCUGCAAACUCCGAGAUUCUCCAAUCGCUUCAACGAGAACUGGCUGAACAGGAAAAGAAGGCAUCUGCAGAAGGGCCUCCUGCCGAUGAGUCUGCUGUCAUGCCGUAUUCUGCUGAUCCGUUUGCUGACCUCCUUGCAACGAUCAUGCUCUGGCUGCAGCAGGCUGGAGGUACCCUGGAGCGGGAAGCUGUGCUGCCCUUGAUCAAGGCCAUGGGUUUCCGUGUCCGCGCAGUCAUCCAGGGCUUGUCGCAAGACGUCUUCUGGUCACAUCCAGAAGCGGAGUGUGAGAUCCUGUUGCGCACUGCGGCGGGAACCAGCCUGCACCCAAAACCCUUGCCUGCAAACUACCUGCAUGAUGCAGUCAGACGAAAUCUGGUGCUGCAAGUUCGUCAGAUGGGCUCCAAAGCCAAGUACGACAAGCUUGCUGGUAUGCUAGGGUGGAAUGCCAAGUCCGAGCUCAGACGGACGUAUGGUGCCCUUAGAAUUGUCCUGGCUGGCCUGCCAGAGAUCUUCUACGACUCUAAGAAGCUCUACCUGAAACAGGUGCUAGAGGGUGUAGUGGACUGGCCGGUUGGCAAAGACGGUCGGAUAGGACCCAAUACGGUCAAGGAAGCGGUGCAGCAUUGGACCAGGGCAUGCGAUGACCUGAAGGGUGCCGGAGACAUUGACUGGUUCAACGCCAAGCGACAACUUCUUGGAGUUGUGAUGAACCAAGGAGGACACUGCGAUGUGCAGGUAGCACGGUGGCUGCUGCAGCCAGCUGGUGACAAGGUCACCUUGGAGAAGGUCUUCGAACCUGGCUCCAAAUACGAUCUUACAAGUGUGCUUUUCUGGGAGCCGCGACGUGUUUUCAGACGCCGCCAGCCGAUGACAGCACCGGAAACUUGCAAGGCUUCUCCGGACCUUUGCCACGCUAUUAGCCAGGCAGUGGACACUGCCGGAACGGCCACAAUCGAUGAGCUCCAGGCAGCUGCCGAAUCCCUGCCCAGCAAGGUGGGUGAGGAUGCCAUAGUGGCCGCAUUGCAAGAGAUCCCAGAGGUGUUCUUCAUGCCAGACACUGUCUUCUUGAGACAUGUCGCUGCCGGCAUCAUCCUGGAGUCCUGCCGGCCAGAGGAGGUUGGUCGAGAAGGCAUUGACGAAGAUGAGGAGAUGAUGAGGGAGGGCUUGGCUGAGGUUGCGGCCGCAGCCGCUGCCAUCAAGGAGCCCGAGGAAGACCCUCUACAGAUCAAGGCUCCAAACAGAAAUGCUGGUGCAGCUGUCAGUAAGGUGCAGAAUGCUGGGAUGGAUUUGGGCUUCUUCAACUUCACAGGUUUCCAAACGAAGAAGGCCGAGCCAGACUCUGCACCACCAGCAGCAAAGAAGCCCAGAAUAGUGCCCGCAUGGCUCACAGAAGGUGCUGCCGUCCAAGUUCGCGGUGAGGCCCACGCCGAGGGCACGAUCCUCGAGGUCAAAGGCGACAUCUGCAGGGUGCGCAUACUUCGGUCAGAAGGAGGUGAUGCAAGAGAAGUGGAGGAGGUGCUGCCGUUGCCUGCAAUGAUCCCGGUUGCGCCGGACAUCGGGAGAAGUGUCAAGGUGGUUGCGGGAGACCGGACAGGUGUCAUAGGCAAGCUUGUGGGUCUGGCUGGUGCAGAAGCUGUUGUACAGAUUGGCGGGAUGUGCUAUGAGACCUUGCCGAUGACACAGAUUGCAGUGGUUUCUAUCUGA